GAGACUGACUAGACAGGAGAACAUAGCUCAAAUAACAUCUCUACAUGUAACAUUAGGAAAGGAGCUUAAAAAGAAAAUUAAGUAUAUUGAAAACUUGGAGAAUCUGAAAAAGCUUCUUCACCUAAAUUUGAAUAACCACAUGAUUGAGAAGAUAGAAAAACUGGAUGAUAUGACACAGUUGAGGGAACUUCACUUAGCUAACAACUGCAUUCCAAAGAUAGAAGGCCUUGACUGUCUUGUGCAUUUAACUGUCUUAAAUCUUAAUGGAAACUUGAUUGAAACUCUGCCUGCUCCAGUUUUCAAGAAACUGAAGGAACUCCAGGCCUUUCACAUUGCACACAACAGAAUUGGCAGCCACAUUGAGGUCACGAAACUGAGACCUCUGCAAGAUCUGAGUAAUUUUUCCAUGGACGGCAAUCCUAUGGCAAGCCUGGAACACAGUCAGCUGUUUGUCAUCUUUCAGUUGAGAUCUCUGAAUUGUUUGGAUGGCAAAGAGAUUUCUGUUGAGGAGAGGCAGAUGGCAGACAAACGGUUUGCUCAAGAGGAGGUUAGAAGACUGGAGGCUGAAAUAAAUCGCCUGAAAAAGGAGUAUGAAGUGUUACUAGAAGAAAACUGCCAAGCACUGGAGGAGUUACAACAACUCAAAAAGCUAAAUUCUGAGCAGCAAACACAGAGUGUGGAUCAGUCUCAGAAGAUUAAAGAACUUCACCUAGAGCUGGAAGCCAAGGAAGAAUUGUUGGCAAGUAAGACAUCAGAACUUUCCAAAGCUUGUGAAAAGCAGUUCAAAUUGGAGCAGGAGCUUGCAUUUUAUAAAUUGGAUGCCAAGUUUGAACAUCUUGGAAUGUUGCCACCACCUGAUGGAGUAGAAUUUGGAGAUGGAGAAGAAGAUGAGAGCCCAUACAUUGGAAAGGCCAGGUUUAAGCUUAACAAAUUUUCCAGGAAAUCAAACAUUAUGGGUGGCAAACAGCAUGCUCAAGUGACAACAAUAGGGUCAAGACCGAGUGAUAAGUAUGACGAGCAAAAUAGACAGGUUCAACAGGAAAUACAUGAUUCACUGAUUCUUGAUUUACGAGACAAGGAGAGAGCAAUUCAGCAAGCUGAAGAUGUUCUUGCCCAGUUGACUGACCAGUUGACCAGAAGAAAAGCUCAGCUGCAAGAUGCUGCGCAUAAACUUGAACAAAUUCAACAAGCUAUUGAUGAUCAGUCUCUGCAGGCUCAUCUGUUGGGAGAAGAGGAAAGGAAACUCAUCGAUGCCAUUGCAGACAAGAAGAAUUAUAUAAGAAAACUACAGGAAGUUGCAAAGGAAUUGGAGACAAGAAUGAAGAGCAUUUAUGAUGAUUUGGCUAAAAGAGAGGCUGAAGCAGAGAAACUUAGACAGACCAUUAGGAAUACUCCCCCUAAUGACCCUGCCUAUACCCAUCUGCAAGCUCGCUUGGCAGCUAAAGAGCAGCAGUUGCUUGAGUUGAGGAAUGAGUAUGGAAAGCUCAAACAAGAUCAUGACAGAGCAAAGGAAAGAUUGCAAGAAGAGAUGGCUGCUGUCAGGGAACUAGAAACACAGUUAGCUGCACUGAGAAACGCAAACGGCGACCAAGAUAAAUUGAAAGAAGAACUAAAGAAUAUCAUAGACGAUUUGAAUAAUAACUUAAACUCCAUGAAACAGCAAGUGGCGCAGCAAGCGAGACAGAUCAAUCAACUUCAACAUGAAAAGGACGCGUUAGGUCAGCGGUUAAAAGACAUGCAGGCUCAGACGGCUGGUAACAAACAGCUCAAGGACACUAUCGCCAAACUACAACAACAACUGAAAUUGAACGAAGAUGCUUUGGAACGAGAGAGAAAGAACUGUGAAGCGCUGCGGCGGCGCUUGUCCAAUAUGGAGGCACAGGCAACCCAAGGGUCAGCUCUGGAACCAGCAUUUGCUGAGGCAAAAAACAGACUGAAGGAAGCUGAAGCUGAAGUCGCCAGACUGCAGAAUGCUCUUAAUAAACUAAAACAACAACUACAGGAUGACCGCAGAGCGGCAGAUGAGAGAUUAAGAAAGGAACAAGAGAAAGUUGACAAAGCUUUACAAGCUGCAAGGAAUGCUGGAAACAAAGAUAGAGAAGUUAAAGAGCUGGCUGCACAGGUUGAUAGUCUUACGGCGGACAAUGCCUCUCUCGCUCAGCGACUGAACGACGCAGAGGACGAACUGAGCAACUUAGAGAACUUGCUAGACAAAGAAGAGGUACUGGAGAGACUGGGCGAGUUAAAGAAUGACAUCAAUAAGAAACGAUCUGCUGUCCGUGAACCGUUCAAUGAUCAGGAUGACCUGGGACGAGCUCUAGCUGACCUUCAUCGGAAGUACCUGGACCUAAUGAGAGAUCUGGAAAGAGAGCGACGAAAACAACCUGAUGGAGAACUGGAAGGUUUGCAGGCCAGACUACAAGAUGCCGAGAGAGCUUUGAAGCAAGCAAGAGAUAGAGCUUCACAGCUUGCUGGAGACAAAGAAGACAGGGACGCCAAGUUAAAGAAAAUGACAGAAGAACUGAAGAAACUAAAAGACAAGCUAGGAAGGCAGGAGAGAUUAGAAGAUGAGCUUGAAAGAGAAAAAGCAGAACAUGCUGCAGACAUGAGUGGACUGGAGAAACAAAUAGCUCAGCUUAAAGAUCAGCUCAACAAGGCCAGACAUGGUUUGCAGGAUCAGUUGGCGGGUGCUAGAGCUCCUCUUCAGGCUAAAAUAGAGGACAUGGAAGAUGCCAUGCAACGUUUACAGGAUAAAUUUAAUAAAGUGAAAGCUGAGAAUGACAGGUUAAAGGGAGCUAUAGCGGCCGCUGAAGAGGGCCGAGGGGAUCUGGAAGACAGACUUGCAGAAAUGAUGGAUAAACUGAGAGAGGCACGGGCACGAGCUGAGGAAGCGAAUGACAAAUACGAGCGACAGAAACAAGCGUUGGAAGCUAAAGUUGAAGCUCUUGAAAACGAACUCGAACGGGCAAGGAAUCGACUCAAAUCACUGCGGGCGCAGGCUGAAGAACGGUUACAAGUAGAAAAGGAGAAGGCUGCUGCGAAGAUAGAUGGACUUGAAGAUGAAAUAGAUGGUCUAAAGAGCCGACUGAGGAAUCUUCAACACAAGGCCGAGCGUGAGUUGGACAAAACAAGAGAUGCUGGAGAGCGCAAGGUUCGGGACCUGGAGAAUCAGAUGGCCGAUCUCAGACGACAACUGGACAAUGAAAGGGCGCGAGGCGAAGAACAGCUGAGAAGAGCCCACAGUAAAGAAGCAGAAUUGCAAAACUUGCUCGGCGAAACAGAAGCUCAAUUGCAGAGAACUGCGCAUCAAAGUCACGCCCAGCAGGCCAAGCUGCGUGACUUAGAGAAUCAGAUCGAUGGACUAAGAAAUACUUUGAAAGAAGCACAAACUCAGGCAGUGAAGGAUAAACUUGAACAGGAACUCGAAGCAGUCAAAGCUGAGAGAAUGAGAGCAGCGAUACAGGCAGCGGCGGAUAAACAACUGGCUGAUGCACAACAACAGGUGGCUUCGUUGCAAUCUUUGCUUGACGCAAAAGAUAAGCAACUUCAACAGCAAAUGAAGCGUGGAGCACAAAAUUCAUCCGAUAUAGCUGCACAGCGAGCAGAGAUCAGAAACCUUGCAUCAGCUUUGGCCGAGCAGAAUGAGGAACUGGAACGACUCAAAGAGGAUCUUGGGGACAUGUCACGAGCGCCAGUCCAUCCGCAGUAUUUCCAUCUUGCAGAUCCCAGUCUAACUGCUUUGGCCAAUGAAGUCGAAGCUUUACGAGCAGCUCUUCUACAAAAAGAACAACAAGUCCGGAGCCUCACCCGACCAAUUCCACUUCUCUCAACUCCGCCAUAUCCGCCAUUUACCUCUUCCGGUCUAGCGACCACGCCAGGCCUGGUAACUACUCAAACACACGUACCUGGGGUGGCUCCGGUUGUUUCUGUAGGGGCACUGAAUGGAGCUGCUAGCACGCGGACUGUUCCAAUCAUGACACCAGUGAUAACCAGUUCUGGUGGCCUGGGUACUAACAGCUAUCUGGCUAGUCCUGGGCAGGUUCAUCAUCAUCAUUAUCAUUCAAAGAAGACCAGCCGAGGUGGGUCAAAACCAAAAUCAUUGACGAUAACAACCUCCCCACACCUCUCCCCUGAGGUUUUGAGUGCUACCACAGUAACCGCCCCUGUUUCAUCUUCUGUCCUUCAUCAUCAUCAUCAUUAUAAUGACGUCACCAGUCAAGAUGACGACACGCUGAAAAGAAAGAAGAGAAAAACCAAGAAACAGCAGGAUGACGUGUUGUUUUGUAACUUUCCAAAUCACGAGGGCUUGGAAUAUGAAGUUGGGAGGUUGGAAGGUAUUUUAACUUCGUCGGUGCAAACUCAAAAAAUUCAGGAACAACGAGACUCACUUAGAAUGGAUCUAAAAGAGUUAGAGAAUGAGGUGGAAGACUCUUUGAAACGACGAGCAACAGCAAGGCAAUCUCAACGACAUUCACUGGAUGCCAAUUUAGCGGCGGGCAGUAAGAGAGUUUACAUCAUGAGAGCUGUGGACGAAGAAGAUGAAGAAAACUUUCCUAUGAAAUAUCUUCAACAAAGCUCAGGUGAAGGAAUGGAGUCUGCGCAUUCCUCCACAAAUAAAAUGCAGCUAGAUGACUCCACCCAAGAGGCACACUGGGAAAAGCAGUUGAGUGAGCUUGCUCGAGUUGAGGGCCUGGUACAGAAAAGAAAGGCAGAACUACAACGGAUGGACGCUGUGCUCAUUGAACGAAGGCACGAGCUGGAGGACGUUGUACACAAGCGUAAAAUAGCCGAGGGACGCCUGAGGCGAGCAGAAGAGGAUGCUGGGAUUAUUGAAGAGCGAGCAGCGGAGACCUCGGCCGAGUUGAUCCGCGCUGGAAAUCAGCUGAUUAGCCUGGAGAUGAAGGGAAGAGCGUUGAGUGACAGACAGGAACAGAUAAACAAGGUUAUUGAAGCAAAAGACCGAGAACUGAAAGAAGUUGAAAAUUCCUGGGAGAUUGUGCGACAGAAUAUCGAUAAGCUCAACAUGGAAAUGGCAAAUAAAAUGGAAGAACUGACAAAUAAAGAAAGCCAGCUAAAAGAUGUGGAAUCCAGACUUCAGCUGUCAUUGAGGGUGGAAGAGUUAAAGCAUUUAGUGGCAAAAACUGAAACAGAGGAGAAACAUCAAGCAGAAAAGUAUGUUAGAGCUCUUAAGGAAGGUGAAAAAGCAUUAGAAGAAAAAACCGCGCAGCUUGCGAGAACACGGAACGAAUUACAAACUCAAAUGAUUCAGUUUCAUGAACUUAAUAGCAAAAUCAACAGGCUUAGAACAGAAUUAAGAGAAGUACAGGAUAACGUCAAGAAAGGAAAAGAUGAAGUCGAGAGGCUUUCUCAGAGAAGGGAAGAAGAAAAAAGACUACAGGAGCUACAUGUGAAGAAAGCAGAGCAAAAACUAAUCGAAAUUAACAAUGCGAGAAAUGAAUCGAUGGAAGCCCUCAAAAGUCACCGUGAGGGGUUUGGAUUGCUGAGAACUAAAAUUCGCGAAAGUGUGAACAAGAUCAAAGAAUACGAAGAGCUGAAAAAACAGAAAGAGGCUGAGUAUAAGAAGAUUUCAUCUUCAAUGAAUGAAAGCAAAGCCAAGUUGGAGAAUGAGCUGGCUCAGUUGAAAAGUGAAAUACAAAUAUCUGAGGAAUCUCUGAGUCAGGUUAACAGCGCUCUAAAGCAAGUAACGAUCGAGCUGGAAACUGCCAGAGGGGAAGUACUGGCUUUGAACGACACUAAGGACUUGGUAACAAAGGAAAUAAAUGAUCUCCAGCAAAUGUUAACAGAAAAAAGGAAUGCACUUGCUAAAACCAAUCAAGAAAUUGAAGAUGCUGCCAAAGAACUUGAAGCAGCGAAAGAGAAAAAUGUGGAAGCUCAAUCAAGACAGAAAGAAAUGAUAGAACACACACGCACGGAAGACCAACAUAACAACGCAGAGAAUUCUGGGAAGGAUAGUUUAACCCAAGAGUCCUCAACACCUAAAAAUAACGAGAAAGACAAUGGACUUCUAGUUGCCAGGUUACAGCAAAGUAUAAAACAACUCACGGACGAAAACGAGGAACAGAAUAAAGCUCUUCAAGAGGCGAGGACUGAAGUCAAGGAAUUGAGAGAAUUCAUGAAAUCAGAAAGAGACAAUUUUCAGGAACACUUGAUACAAAUGGCUUCAAAAUCAGACGUUUAUCGGACGCAUCUUGAAAGGCUUCACAUAGAGUAUGACGCUGAAAAGGAAAGAAAUUCCAGGGAAAAAGACUUAUUGUUAAACAAAGCAGAAGAACAUCGUUUGAAGGGGAGAAAGUUAUCCGAAGAACUAAGCAAUCUAAAACAGAAUCAUAUGCAAACAAAACAAGAGCUCAGUCAGCUCAAGAACACUCUUUCAAAAGAUGUUAAAGAAUUAAAGGAACACAUUGAAGGAAUAACCACUCAAAUAAAAUCAGAAUUGGCUCGGAGCUUGAAGCAAGUGGAAAGUUCUAAGGAUGAAACAUCAGAUGAAUUUGAACGUCUCCGAGGAAAGAAAGAAGAAAUGGAGGUCCAGUUAAUAGAACUACAGCACUCCAUUAACACAGUUAAGACAAUGGCAUUAAUGGCGGAGAAAGAAAAAACGGAAACGUCCAAACGAGAGGAGGAAGCGCUAAUAAAAGAGAAGGAAGAGAAAUUUCAGCAGCAUCAGACAUACCUCAGAGCUCAGAUUAGACAACAAAUGUCAACUCGUGCAGAGGUUUUGGACGAGGAGAGGCAAAAAGCAGAAGCGUCGCUUGAAGGACUGAAGAGCAAACUGAAAAACCUGGAAGAGGUUAUUUCGCGAAAAGAUUCCAGUGUGCAGGAUUUUCGUUUAAAGCUGCUAAGGAACAAAGUCGAGGCGGAAAAAGCUGCAGACUCUACCAAACAAAUAGAUGAACUGAGAAGAAGAUUACGAGAAGUGGAAGACGAGAAGGAUUUGAUUAGAACUCAGAGAAAUCAUUUGGUUGCAUUGAACGAAAAAGCUAGUUUAGAGCCUACAACACGUGAAUAUCAUGGACACUUGAAUGACAGGAAGGUGGCAACUGUUCGAUCGAGGCGAUCCCUUGACUCGCUAAUUGACGACACAUUUUAUGCAAAACCGGUUAAACUAGAAAUGGAGCUCCCUUGCCGUGACAACGGUAAAAUAAAUACCAGUUUACCUCUUCAGUUUCAAGACAUCGCCCCAGUGGAUCAACAAAUCUCACGGCCGGUUCAGGACAUAAGGCAACCGACACGAGUUGCUAAAGUUGAAAUGGACCAAGAAAUGAUAGGUAUCUCUGUUAGAAGGAGCCAAAGGAUCGACAAAGCAAGUUUGGUGUGUGAAAACGAUCCUUUGAAUGAUUCAGUUGCACAGAAUUCUGCCAAUUCUUCGUUACCAAUGUCCCGGAAAGAGCUCUCGGGUGACUACGGAGGCACACUGUCACAAAAUUUUUCUUUACAAACGAAGAAGCCUUUGAUGGCAGAGAGCAGACUGGAAAAGAGUGCAGCUCGGCCAAGUGAAGGUAUUGCUUCGUCGACGUUUGCUGAUGACAGAAAAAGUGAGUUUCUAUCGUCAGUGCAUCGCUUAAAGAACGAGAAGGUGAAAGAAUUGGAACUCAGUUUACAAAAGUUCUUUCUCACGUAACUUAGGAAGGUACAGGCCCCCUCAAGUGUAAAAAAAAUCGGGAUCUACGUGCAGUUGUCAAUGCCUCUGCUACCAUGAUGGAAAAAAAAAGCAUGCGCAAGAGAUGUGUACAACAAUGAAGAGUGUGAGAUUGGGGAGCUCCUUCUCGCGUAACUCUACUAAAGACUGAUUCAGCGACCCCGAACUCUACUGAAAAUGGUUCCUCACAGGCUUAAACGUUGAAGAAUAUCUUCUGCGAGUUCUCAAAUGCUUGGAGCCUGAUGCCAAAUUAGACAAAGUACGACAUGAUAGCGAAGAUUUGUUCAACGAUUAUUGGCAGACGCCACCCGACAAAGCUAUUUUCUUGAUUUGUAAUCUUCAUUUAACGUGGUUGUAGAAAGCCCACAAGAGUGUAAGAACAAUUUAACUCUCCGAUUCUGAGACUCCUACUCUUCAAGGGAACAAAGAACACUGUUUUUACUUAUUCAUUCGUGUACAAACAUACUUAUUUAUUCAUGUAGUCUUCAGUAUGCACAUAUUUAUGAAGUCCUUGUUAUAGUUUUUCCAGUUACCCAUUGUUUCAGUACGUGGCCACUCCAUAACCCAGCACGCCUUGUUCUUACACAGUAUUUAGGUACCAGUGUUUGAACACGUGAGUAUUUUGAUACUAGUCUUUGAACAUGAGAACUCGAGGGUCAGAUUUUUGAGGCACGCUUUUGGCUUUAAAAAACAGAGUGUACGAUAUUUGCAUCGCGUUGAAGACGUUAUUAAAGAAAGUCAGUGAAACGGUGGUAUGGGUGAUUUAGAUUUGCGCUUUAUGGGCCGGCUUUAAAAUCGAAUUGAUGAAACUUCAAAACAGUGUAGAAAGCCAAGAAACAUCCAAAGAAGUUGUUGAGAAGCAAGGCGGAAGAAAAUUAGAAAAGAUUGUAACAGCAACCUGUAUCAAGUCAGAACGAUAAAGGAAAAUCUGGGUGGAAAGGAAAAAUACGUGGUAAAAAAACAAAUGUCACUAAAA